CUCUCUGGCUCAGAUGUUGGCAAAGGGGGUUUUCUUAAUCAGACUGUUUUUUGGUCCGAAGGAAAGGAGGAAGAAGGAGAUUGUGAUGGAGAAAGGGGGUCUGUAAAACGUCAGGCACCGCACAAAGGCUUUGCCACGUAAUUACAGGCUCCUAUUAAGUCGAGAUCUGCCCUCCCAGGGGUCUCCAAUUUUCUUGUAUUCCCUACAAAGCCUCCUCUGCAUGCCAGUUUGUGCCUUUUGAAGUGCCAGAGAGCUUCUUGAUCCAACUGAGAAGGAAAAAGGAGCUCAGCGAGAAGAGGGGGAGAGCGAGCGGGAAGGGAAAGGGGGAAACCCACCACCACCCUCCUUCGGACUCUUGAAACCCUUUUUUUUUCUUCUUACGAAAAGUAAAGUGAGAAUCCUGCUCUCCAAUACAUCUGCAAGACAUCACCCUCUCCUCCUGAAACUUUAGUCACUCCUGAGAAUCCACAGGAGUGCAGAGAGGGGGAACACGUUUUCUUGAAGAUGUUUUAAAGCUGGAACAAGCCUUCUUCUGUUGGUGCUUGAACUCUUGCCUGGGAAUAACUUUUUUAACCUUGAAAAAAAAAAAAAACACUUUGAUUCUUCUCUCCCACCCCUUCGUCUCUCUUCUUCUGUUUGCCUAACUCCCCCGCCCUGCUGGCCUCCCCUUUCCUUUCUCCCCCUUAGUAUUAUUUUUAGUGUGUGCGUGUGGACGCGUUUGGAGAGCUAGAAGGAAUUUUUUUUUUUUUCUCCUGACUUGAACAUAGGGUGACUUUUUAAUUUUAUUUUUUGGUGUGGAUUAUCUCCUUGGACCGCGCCGGGCUUGGCCUCAGGAAAGCAACCGAGGCUGUCGAAGGCUGUUGGUGCAGAACGCUCGCUCUGCAGAAGGGGGUCCCCCGCCCUCUUUCCUUUUUUUUUUUUUUUUUUUUGUCCUUAGCCUCCUUCUCUCUCUCUCUCUCUCUCUCUCUCUCUCUCUCUCUCCCCUGCUCUCGCUCCCGCUCUCUCUCCACUCCCCCCUCUCUCUUCCCCACUCGGCUCCUCUCCCCCCUCGCGCCCACAGCGUUUGGUGUUGAUUCGAGCGGGAAGAGGGGGGUGGGUGGGAUCGGAGGGAGACCAUGACCUCCAGCUACGGGCACGUUCUGGAGCGGCAACCGGCGCUGGGCGGCCGCUUGGACAGCCCGGGCAACCUCGACACCCUGCAGGCGAAAAAGAACUUCUCCGUCAGUCACCUGCUAGACCUGGAGGAAGCCGGGGACAUGGUGGCGGCGCAGGCGGACGAGAGCGUGGGCGAGGCCGGCCGAAGCCUACUGGAGUCGCCGGGACUCACCAGCGGCAGCGACACCCCACAGCAGGACAGUGACCCGCUGAACUCGGAGGAGAAGAAGAAGAGGAAGCAGCGGCGGAACCGCACCACGUUCAACAGCAGCCAGCUGCAGGCGCUGGAGCGCGUGUUCGAGCGCACGCACUACCCCGACGCCUUCGUGCGCGAGGACCUGGCGCGCCGCGUCAACCUCACCGAGGCCCGAGUGCAGGUGUGGUUUCAGAACCGAAGAGCCAAAUUCCGCAGGAACGAGAGAGCCAUGCUGGCCAACAAAAACGCUUCCCUCCUCAAAUCCUACUCAGGGGACGUGACUGCUGUGGAGCAGCCCAUCGUGCCUCGUCCUGCUCCACGACCCACCGACUAUCUCUCCUGGGGGACGGCCUCUCCGUACAGCGCCAUGGCUACUUACUCUGCCACAUGUGCCAACACUAGCCCUGCACAGGGCAUCCACAUGGCCAACAGCAUUGCCAACCUGAGACUGAAGGCCAAGGAAUAUAGUUUACAGAGGAACCAGGUGCCAACAGUCAACUGAGGAGAAAAAAACCAUUAAACAGGCCUACGAAGAAAUCAAACACCAUAAGACACCUUUCCUGCUCUGUCAUUUCUUCAUCUGUUGGGGAAAAAAUAAAUAAAACAAACAAACAAACAAAAAACCUGAACUCAAACAUUGGGACCAUGGCAGAGAAAAGCCGGAGAGGAGCAAAAUGAAAAUUAGUUCACCAGUGUUUCUCCACCCUCCGGGGUACCGCCACCACCACGUGCUUCUGCGUGUGUUGAUUUUGUUUUUCCUUCUCCUCGUGUGCUUUGCUUUAAUAUACUCCAAGCUUCUUCAGUUAGGUUCAGCCCACCCACCCCCAUGGCCGUAUGAGUUUCAAAACAAAACAAAAAAACUAGAGCAGCCAAAGAAACCACAUAUACAUUCAGAGUCAUUGUCUAGCAUCUCCUCAUGACCUGUUUGAACCACAGUGCCUUGACCCUAUCUUUCUUCCCAGUUCUCUGUAUAAAAGCUCUAGGAGCUUCUGAGAAGCCAAAGUCUCUCUGAAAAAUCUGUGCCAGACACGAUUUCCUGUCUUGUGGUCUCCAUCUCUGUCGGUCAUGGUAAGGUCUUCCCAUCAGCUACUGUUCAGAAAGCAAUUAUGUACAACAUCUGGUCACUGGCUUGUGUCUGGCUAAUUCUGAGCUCUAAGCUGUAGAUCGAAGCUCUCCUUAUCAGCUAGAGAUUUAAGCUCUAAGCUAUAGAUGAUGAUAUCGCCAUCACCACCACCCCUGACCCCCAUCCAGGCAAUCAGCCAUCGUAAGUCAAAGGUAUUUGUUGUUUUUGAAUGGUUGUCAUGGGCUUGACAUUCGAGAGAGGGAGAGAGAUUUCUUUAGGAAAACAAAGACUGAGUUGUGAAAGGCAUGGCCUACAUCUCUUCAGUGCCUUAAGGAUAGUCAGAUGCACACUUAUAUAUAUACUGUAUAUAUUUAUAUAUUUUAUGUAUAUAUAUCUAAAAUAUUCUUGCAAGCUUGAGUUUGCAGUUUCUCGAACACUACCAAAAGCACAUCUCACACCAUCACCACUGUCCUUGAUCUCUACAGUGAUGUUUUGGGGGAUCUCACUUCCUUUCUUUCUUGACACAAAGUUCUCAUCAAGGCCACAGAGCACUUCACAGGGCAUCUGUUUCAGAACAGGUCGCAUUUUCACAUUUGAGCUUUGAAUAAAUUAGAGCCUAUUCGAGGCUGUAAAAAUGUUCUUGAGUUUGAAGACCGCUCUGGUGGAACAGGAGUAUAUCCUGACACGUCAUGGGGAUCACAUUUAGAGGAGGGAAAGCCAUGUUGCCAUCUGCCCCUUCUCCACUCAGCAGGAAUCUGAAAGACACAUGUUUGAAUGGAAUCCUUAAUGUCUUGUCUAAAUUCCAAAACUUUAAGAGGCGACUGUGGGCUAUUCUUUUACUAAUAUUUUGAAAUAAAGUUUAGUGCCUAGGGCUGCGAGCCAGGACUGACCUGUCUUUGUUUCUUUCUUUUUGUCUCCAGCUGUGCUUUUGUAACUUGUCGGGUGGACAAGACCAAACCACAGCACCAUGCUGUGCCUCAGUUUACCUUUUUGUACAAUGGGUUCAGCAAUACUUACCUACCUCACAGGGGUGUUGUGAGGCUCUAUUCAUUUGCUCCUUCAUUCUUUCCUGUGUUCUCUGCUUGUGCAGCACUUGGUAGCCAUGGGAGGAAAAGGACUACAAAAGUAUACAAUGUUAAUGGAAGGAUAAGGUACCUGGAAGCCUUGUUUUCUAGCAAGGAAGUGCUACCUUGCUGUAAAUACUGACAGCCUUGUAUUUGGAAAUGAGAAAUAGGUUUAUAUUUACAGACCUCUCAAAAAUCACAUCACUUGACCAAAGAAUAAGAUACACAGAACAGACAUAUUUUUGACCUAUUUUUAUCCUGACCAGGUUGGUUCUAAUACCUUUAGUUAUCAGCAAUUAAAAAGCUUUAGAUUGGUUUUGGCCAAAUACGCCAACUCUGAGUGACUGGCAUGGACUGCUGAGUUUAAGAUGCACUUUCAGCACACGCUUGUUCCCCCCUCGGCCUAGCAAGUUGAACCAAUGGUGGAACUUUUUCACCAAUCGGAAAAUGUAAUUUUAAAUGCUGAAUCUAUACUUCUUUUAGUAACAAGAAGAAAGCCCAUCUUGUGCAUUUUGCUUCCAUCCACUGAUUCCCUCUUCCUCUAGCAUAUUAUUAAAAUAUUUCUUACUGAUCUUUUAUGUGGGCUGGCUGAACACCACAUAUUACUUGCUUCCUAAGGAUUCCCUCGACUAAUUCUUUGGUCCCACUAGCUGCUGCGGAUUAUCAAGAUUCAAAGGAACAGUGUAAACUAACAGAUGAAAACAUUCUUUGUGAAUUGAGUGAAAUCCAAGAAAUUGGUGAACAUCUGGAGUUUGGACUCUGGGCUACAGUGCAGGGAACAGAACUCAUACAAGACAAGGUGUUGCUAGGAAAGGGGAAUUUUUGAAGAGGGAGGAAAGGAAUAGGUCAUGUGAAACAAAGUCAUUUGAAGCUUUCAUCCUGACAUCCGUUUUCAGUAGUGAACAGAAAAGCCUGAACCCAAAACCCAAACGCUAUGUGAAACUGGGCAGUUUUGCCACCAGUGCCUGGGAAGCGAUGUCUGGGAAAUCAGAGAGUAGCCAGUGCUGGUCAUCCAUAGGAAUUUUCAUUGCUAGUGACUCAACACCACAAACAUUUAUUAUCUAAGCACCUGAUCAAGAAGUAUACACAUGAGACAAGCACUCAGUAUUGUUCAUUUAUUAUUGAUUUUUUUUUAAGUAUUAGUUCGAUAUAUGAUUUAGAGGAGUGGCCUUUUGGCUUCCAAGCCAGGUCUCCACUGAGGGCCUCAGGCCAACAACGUUCCAAGGCGUCCUCCCUGCUCCUCACCAUCGUUCAACUCAGAUACAGAUGAAAACGGGCAAACUGUCUGUCUGUGUCCCCAGUCCCUUCCCAAACUAGAUGCUGAUCUGUAGGACACUUGGCAGGUUAAGUCAAACCAGAAGAGGUGACUGAAUAAAAAAGGGAAUGACACUUAGGGUAUAAAGAUCUCCUAAUAAAUGUAAUAUGUAAAUUAUAUCUUGCUUUAUGAUGUAAAAUAUACAUUGUUUGCGCUAGAAUAGAAAUGAUUCCUUUUCAAUAAAAAGAAGAAGGAUGCUACUAUGCGGUCUUUUGUUACA